UUGGUCAUCAAACAGUCGCGUUUGAAGGAAACAAGAAGUUGGCAGGGAGAUAAAACCCGCAACUAUACCAGAAAAGUGGCUUUUAUAGCAUCUGAUUAGAAUACAUAGGAAGACAUAAGUAUUAACUUGUAUUGGACUUGUCACUUCACUGUCUUCGGUCUUGCAACAUUGUCAACUGGCUUGCAGGUUUCCACACUGACACCAUGGCUAUGGCGAGCGAGGCCAGGGUGCAGGCCGAGGUAGAGGAGGAAGAAAACUUCGGCCCACAGCCUCUGUGCCGACUGGAGCAAUGUGGAAUCAGUGCCAGUGACAUCAAGAAGCUGGAGGACGCAGGUUUUCACACCAUCGAGGCAGUGGCCUACGCACCCAAGAAGGAGCUGCUCAACAUCAAGGGCAUCAGUGAGGCCAAAGCUGACAAAAUUCUAACUGAAGCUGCCAAGCUUGUGCCCAUGGGUUUCACAACAGCUACUGAGUUCCACCAGAGGAGAGCAGAGAUCAUUCAGAUCUCCACAGGCUCCAAGGAGCUCGACAAACUCCUGCAGGGUGGGAUUGAGACUGGCUCCAUCACAGAGAUGUUUGGAGAGUUUCGGACGGGGAAGACCCAGCUGUGCCACACCCUCGCUGUCACCUGUCAGCUGCCCAUUGAUCAGGGGGGUGGGGAAGGUAAAGCCAUGUACAUCGACACAGAGGGAACCUUCAGACCAGAGAGACUCCUCGCUGUCGCUGAAAGGUAUGGGCUGGUAGGCAGUGAUGUUCUGGACAAUGUGGCCUACGCCCGAGCCUUCAAUACAGACCAUCAGACCCAGCUGCUGUACCAAGCCUCUGCCAUGAUGGCUGAGUCCAGGUAUGCUCUGCUGAUAGUGGACAGUGCCACAGCUCUGUACAGAACAGACUACUCAGGCAGAGGUGAGCUGUCGGCCAGACAGGGACACCUGGGACGCUUCCUCCGCAUGCUGCUCAGGCUGGCAGACGAGUUCGGCGUUGCUGUGGUGAUAACCAACCAGGUGGUAGCACAGGUGGAUGGGGCUGCCAUGUUUUCUGCAGAUCCCAAAAAACCAAUUGGAGGCAACAUUCUGGCUCAUGCCUCCACCACACGUCUAUACCUGAGGAAAGGCAGAGGAGAGACGAGGAUCUGUAAAAUCUACGACUCGCCCUGCCUGCCGGAGGCUGAAGCCAUGUUUGCCAUUAACGCUGAUGGAGUGGGUGAUGCCAAGGACUGAGCUGGCAGAGAGGCAGGAAGCAGGCUGGUGGUGGUAAAUGUCACUGUCACACCUGCAGACUCAUUCUUGACUGAAGUGAUGUGUGUGCAUCUUAACCAUACUGCUGCCUUCACACAAAGCCUCAGACCGAUGAGUGAUCACGACAUGUAGGUCAGAGGUUGUAUGAUUUGGUUUGAUGCUGAUUGAGUCAGUGUCGAUAAGAUGGUCCAGACGACAGAUUUGGCCUUCUGGAGCUCAGUGGUGCAACAGCAGGAUGGAACGUUUAGUUUUCUGCAGCCUCAUUCAUACUGAGAACAUUGCUCUCAAACAAGGAUGACUUAUUAUCACGUAAUAGUGAGAUCCAUUCUGCAUUACAUGAUCACCCAAAAGCUGUUUUUUCUAUGUUGAAUGCAAUAUAACUUCAUUGAAAGAGUGGGCAAAAAAUAUUUAGUAAGAACUACUUUUGUCUGAGACUUUUUUCUAGAGUUUUUGUUGAGUGGUGCCUUUUUUGGAUGUCUGACAGUGAAGAGCUUUGUGAGAAUGCUGUUUUUACAAUGAAAGUGUUCCUACAAAGCGAUAUUUUUAUAUAAUUUCUCAAAUUUCUGGAGUUCAACGUUUUCAUUUCUUGCCAGCUACACCACCACUCCCUUCUCUCCCUUCUUUACCAGAACCUUCUGUAUAUAAGCUUCACAGCUAAAUUAAAUUUGUUUAACUAUUAAACUGAUGUGUCUCAUUUGUUAGGAUUAUCAUCAUGGAGGUAUUUUAUACUCUAUCAGCUGUUACCAUAUU